AUGGGGCAGAUGGGAGGAGCCGACGGCGACGGCGACGGCUGCGGCGGGGGCCCGCACCACCAGUACCACUACCAGGCGCUCCUCGCCGCCGUGCAGAACCCCAGCCAGGGCCUGCACCCCUUUCCCCUUCCCUUCCACCUGCCUCUCCACGCGGGAGAGGGAGCAGGAGCGCCCGCCGCCGGACCAGGACCUGGAGCUGAUGCUGAUGCCUCCUCCACACACAAUGUCAAUGCCGCUCCCCACUCUCAGCCUCCAAGAGGUUUCACCGAUUGGAGCCCGUCCAACAGUGCCUUCGCCGCUGUUGCCGCACAGCCCGCCCCUGCUACCACCAAUACACCCUUCCAUUACAACCUCUCCCAGCCUUAUGCCCUGUGGACCCAUUUCAUGCUUAACAAGAAUGUAUCCUGCUCUACUUACCCUACACAACAUGAGGAGAAUCCCAACCCAUUGCGCCAUACCCACAUCCUGGAGGAGAAUCCCCACCCAUUGCGCCAUACUCACAUCCCGGAUAAGGAUUCAGGUUGUGCAUCCAGCCUUGGGUUUGACUCUUUCACUACAAUGUCCCUUGGACCAAAUAUUUGUGCCCACAUGACACCCAUGGAAGGAUCUAUAUCUGCCAAAGAACCUGAGAAUUCAGAGGAUUUGCCUGCAGUAGUUAGAAGCAGUGAUGAAAUGGACACUAGAAACAGUGGCGAAGUUCAUCGCGACACAGUUGGCACUCUUCCUGAGUCGAAGCAGAGCCAUGAUAGUUGCGCUUCCGUGAGUAACAAGUUCAACUCUGGAGAGUACCAAGUCAUUUUACGCAAGGAGUUGACAAAGAGUGAUGUCGCAAAUUCCGGGCGAAUUGUGCUUCCCAAGAAGGAUGCUGAGGCUGGUCUUCCACCAUUGGUGCAAGGGGAUCCUCUGAUACUGCAGAUGGAUGACAUGGUGCUUCCGAUUAUAUGGAAAUUUAAGUAUAGAUUUUGGCCAAACAACAAAAGCAGAAUGUAUAUUCUGGAAGCUGCAGGUGAAUUCGUGAAGACACAUGGCCUUCAGGCAGGGGAUGCACUCAUUAUCUACAAAAACUCCGAACCUGGCAAAUUUGUAUGCAAAAUUUCUUAG